CGUAAUGGGAGGCCACUUCCUAGUCGUUCUUUGACCGAACAGAUUGAGUUAACCUGUCAGCACUCAGAGGCAGUACACGGCAACGGUGAUAUGGCGAGUUAUCAAUACGGACAGGGAUACCAUGGUUCGGGAGGACAGGCCCCUGGGGCACCUCAAGGGGGUUAUCAUCCUGGAUCUCAAUAUGGAGGAGGUCGUCCUGCUGGCCAGCCUGCGUAUGGUGGUUCUGCACCAGGUGCACCAUAUGGACCUCCUCAAGGUGGUGGCUAUGGACAGCCUAUGCAAGGGGGUGCAGCACCAGGGGGACCAGGAGGUUCUUAUGGAAGCCAUGCUCCUGGGGGACCUUAUGGUGGGCAAGGAUCCAAUCCUUAUGGAGCUCCUCAACAAGGCCAGUAUGGACAAGCUGCUCCAGGGAAUAUACCUCAAGGAGUUAACGCAGAGGCUUUCUCCUGGUUCCAGACUGUGGACACUGACAGGAGUGGGUACAUAACAUUAAAAGAGCUCAAACAAGCACUGGUCAACACCAACUGGUCAGCAUUUAAUGAUGAAACCUGUAUCAUGAUGCUAAACAUGUUUGAUAGAGGUCAGUGUGGAAAGAUUGAUCUGUUUGGAUUUUCGGCUCUGUGGACAUUCCUUCAACAGUGGAAAAGCUUGUUCCAGCAGUAUGACCGAGAUAGGUCUGGCUGUAUUAGCCAUGCAGAACUACACCAAGCUCUUAACCAGAUGGGAUUCAGUCUGAGCCCACAGUUUGUGCAGCAUGUGAUGUCCCUACAUGCUCCCCGCUCUGCCAACAUGACCUUGCAGCUAGAUGGCUUUAUACAAGUUUGUACCAAGCUGCAGAGUAUGACCGAAGCAUUUCGGGAAAAAGACACAGCGCGAUCCGGCAGUGCAAAACUGAGUUAUGAUGAUUUUCUCACCCUGUUCGUGCAACGCCUUCUUUAAAAACAUAAUGGCUGAUAAAAUGGCUGUAAAACCUCAAGUUCUUUUUCCUAGACGUGUAUCUUUACCCCAUGUAAUGAGCAGAUGCUUACAUUUUAAAGAGGUGCUGUGGCAGUUCCUGUACACUAGAACCAUGUUACAUUUUUUUGUCAGUCUUUUUUUCUGUAAAAUAGGCUUACAUAGUGACAACCUGUAUUUAAAUUCAUAUUGCCUAUAUUCCUCCUACUAAAUUGUACAGCACUUUUGUAUAAUGUAAGGCUAUAUUCUUGAACAUGGCUCACAUAGGAAAAUGUAUAAUCUAACUGUUCAAAUGACAUUGGUACAGCUGUAAUAUGAUGGCUAAUGAAGCUACCAUUUAGGAAGCAGCUUUUUACUUUAUGGGAACUUAAGCAGUACACAAAUGAUCUAUCUUUGUUUCUAAUGAAAAUUGCAUUUGUAAUCAAACCUA